AUGCCGUCCUCCCGCUGUCUCCUCCGCCUCCCUCACCCCCCAUCCUCCCUCCUCGCCGCCCCAAUCGCGCCGCACACCUCCACAAGCCUACGACACGCCGCGCCCUUCUCCGCCAGCGCCAGCCAAUGCAUGCCCGCCCCGGCCAAGAAGAAAGGCGUCACCUUCGGCGGCCCCCCCGCCCGCGGUACAAAAGCGCUGCGGAUCAAGAAGACCGUCCGACAGUCGACGGCACGUCCACCGGCGCCCGGCGAGCGAAGAGCUCUCCGCAAGCGUAUUGUCUUAUCCAACACUAAUGCGCUGGAGGUUGCUGGCUUGCGGGAUGCUACGCUCGACAGUCUGGUGGAUGAGGCGAUGGUGGGGAAGGUGGUGGGGUUGCCGGGACAGGUUGUGGAUAGUUUGAGGGUUGUGGAGGCGUUCAAGGUGCAUCAGGGGUGGGGGCUUUUUCGGCGGCCGGCUUGUUUGGUGAGGAAGGAGACGGUGGAGAUUGGAAGGGUUGUUGCGGAGGCGGAGGAGCAGAAGACGACGAGGAGGGUGGUGCUUUGUGGGGAGAGGAAUUCUGGAAAGAGCGUGCUGCUGCUGCAGGGGCUGGCGGGGGCGUUCAUGAGGGGAUGGGUUGUUCUCAAUUUCCCAGAAGCCAAAGAUCUCACAAUCGGCCACACCGCCUACUCCCCCAUCCCCAACACCACCCCAACCCAGUACGCCCAACGAACCUACACCGCGAACCUGCUCUCCCAGAUCUCCAAAGCUAACGCCUCGGUCCUCUCCGCCCUCCAAAUCACCCAAUCCCACGACCUCCCCAUGCCCCUCCAACGCAACCUGACCCUAGACCGCCUCUGCGAGCUCGGCGCUCGGGACCCCGACAUCGCCUGGCCCAUCUUCCAAGCCCUGUGGAAGGAGCUGACUGCACCUGGCCGCCCGCCCGUAUUUAUGGCUCUCGAUGGCCUCGCGCACGUCAUGCGGUUAUCCGCGUAUCUCGCGCCGGAUACGAAACCCAUACAUGCGCACGAUCUGGCGCUCGUGAACCACUUCGUGGAGUACCUGAGCGGACAGAAGCAGUUGGGUAAUGGCGGCGUGGUCAUGGCCGCUGUGAGCGAGAGUAACCAGCCCAGGACGCCGGCGCUGGAACAUGCACCGCGGAGAAAACAGCCAGAGAGCUUCCUUGAGCACCAGCUGCGGCAGUUGAAGCACUGGAACCCGUACGUGAAGGGCGACGAGAGGGUCAUCAAGGCGCUCGAUGGUGUUGAGGUUUUGAGACUCAAGGGGCUGAGUAGGGAAGAGGCGAGAGGGGUCAUGGAGUACUAUGCCGCAAGCGGUAUGCUGAGGAAUACCGUGACUGAGGGGUUUGUUAGCGAGAAGUGGUCGCUUGCUGGGCAGGGUAUUGUGGGAGAGUUGGAGAGGGCGGCUGUGCGGUUGAGGGUGUAG